CACGUUCCGCUGCUGCGGCGCGUCAGCGCGUCGCUUCCUAGCUGCCGCUUACCGGAAAAGGAAAGGCAGCUUGUUGAUGACGGUCUAUACUUUCUGAUGAAAUCUCACACCGAAGCGAAAGACAGACAUACGGAGAUACGCGGCGCUUUAAGUCCCUCACUGUGGUCAGUUACCUAACAGUAUUAUCUUCAGGAGGAGAAAACAUCCACCGACACUUGUCAAAAAAGCGAUCAGUGUAUGUUUCAGAUCGAAUAUUUGAAUCUGCUGUCAUUUAAAAGAGCGCCAGUUAGCUGCCGCGCUGGGCUAAACUAAGCUAAGCUAAGGUGCUAACCAGCAGCAGUAUCACCGAGCUUGAGAAGCGUCCAGCGUGAGUUCACGGAGAUUAAACCUGGACAAAAUGGCUCGUUUCUCCGCUUCAACCCGGGACAUUUGUUUCGUUUUCUGUCAGUCUUUGUUCCCCAGCUCCAGGUCCGGCUCCAGCACUAAGCUUUCCUCUCGAAAGAAGUCUAACCACCACUCAAAGAUGAACGUUAACGGCGCUGAAUUCAUGGACGAUAUUUCCUGGGUUUCGUCUGGUUCUGUUAGUCGGUAUGUGUGUCACUAAAACAGACUGUGUGUGUUAUUUUUGGGUCGAACUGCGGCUGCUUGGCAGCUGUCAGAUCAUCAGCUAAUUAGAAACUACAAGAACACUGCACUUUAAUCUUAGAAAAUGUUCAGGAACGUAAACAGUGACGGUCAGAGUUCGUCCUCUGCUACAGGGAUCGGGGUCGCUCCGGUCGGUCUCGACAGCAAAGACAACUCGUGGAUCGCCUUGGUGUCCAGGCCGUUGUCGCUGCUUCAGAAACUUCUCCCGGGCCGGCUCCGGAGCCCGGCUCUGGCUGAAAGUGGACCCGGCUGGUUCCCUGGAGACUUACGAACCAGCUUUGUUCAAGAGGAAAAUGAGUUUUUACGACAGUUGGACGACAUUUUACCGAUUACGCACCACGCGCCUCCCCACCUGACGUACUUGCGGUGUCAGCACGAAGCAGCGGUCGGGCUGCCCGUGCCCGGUGGCCAUCUGCCCUGGAUCACCCCAGAGUCUGUGCAAGAAACGGGGCUUCAGAGUGCCGCAGAGAUCAGCUUAGACAUCUGCCAGCAGACUCAGAUGGGAUAUUUCUCUAACAUAAGGACUGUUUUAAACCAGGUUCUCUUGAGCUCUCAGGAAGUGAAACCCGCCGGAGGAAAGGACUGUGUACCAGAGGCGGUGAAGAGCAGGCUGUGGUGGAGCAGCUUCCUGGGCCGGGAUGAGAGCUGUGAGAGGGGGCUGCUGUCAGAGCUGUUCCAGGCCAAGCAGGACACAGAGACAGCUUGUCCUCAAACAGAGACAGUUAGUCCUACAAUAUCAGCUGAGAUAACAGACCUGGUGUUUGUACAGAGAGGCUGCAGCGAGUCGAUGUUGGGAGAAAAUACUGGACCCUCUGACCACAAAGAGGAGCCCACUAACAAUGGAGGCCUUCACACAGUCCAGAACACAGGGGGUUCCACGGCAGACCACCUAAGCUGCAGCAACACAGUUCUUCCUGCCCCAGACCAAGACCAUGGGUACUCCAGUCUGGAGGAGGAACAGUCCCAGAGAAACCACCUGUGCAAAGCUAGGGCCCUUGGUGAGGAUCUGGCACAGCAGGGGGCAGACACAGCUGCAAGACCCCCAGCCAACAUGAUAGACAUGGAAGAGGAGGCGGUAGAAGAGUCCACAGAGACAGUGGUGCUCUCUGCCCCCCAGAACAAAACCAUCGCCUUCAUCAUGGGCUGCCCCUGCAGCGAUGACGAUAGCAACCAGUCGGACCACCAAUCCACCGAGGAUGAGGAGGAGGAUGAUGAUGGUUUUGACAGUGAGGGCUCGUCUGAUUGCUACACCUCCAGUGAUGAAGAAGAGGAGGAAACCUCAGACUCGGAGCCCGACUCUGAGUCAGAGCGUCUCUGGAACUCGUUGAGCCGCACUUUGGACCCUUACAACCCCCAAAACUUCACUGCCUGCCUGCACACAGGCAGCACCAGACCUCGGACUAUCCCCACGCCUCUGUCCUCCACCCAGUCGUCCCCUGCGUCCUCCCCCGAGGCCUCCCCUCCUCUCACCUCCUCUUCCCCUCCCUCCAGUCAAGAUUCAUGGGACGACUCUGCAUCGGCGAGCGAGGUGGAUGAAGCAGAGAGCCUCCGCUUGCUGAGCUCCUUCAGCUGCUCCUCUGACCCCUACAGCCCCUUUAACUUUCAGGCUCCACUCAGGACUCGAGGGCCCACUGGGCCCCUUUUAAAAACCAAGACCAGAGCCAAGAUGGCCUCCCAGACCCAAUCUCCAUCAUCUCCACCUGAGUACAGGCAGCAGGAGGCAGAGGAGAGGAUGGACAGUGGUUUCUCUGAGUCCAACACCACGGUUCAGACCUGCAGGAGGCCCAAAAAGGUCCGUUUCCGUGACGACGUGGAGGAGUUCUUUGCCAGCUGUGGUGAGGAAGAAGAGGACCGCCACGGGCCCUGGGAGGAGCUGGCCAGGGACCGCUGCCGGUUCUUGCGACGCUGCCAGGAGGUGGAGCAGAGCAUCGGAUUCUGCCUGCAGCCGCAGCACCGCCUUCUGGUCUACCGCCGGCUCUCCGUUCUCCAGGUCCAGAAGGCCUGAGGACCUGGUUCUGGAUGAGCCUUUAAAAGGGCUCAUGCUCACCUGUAUGUGGACCAGAACCAGCGGUCCAAAGUGGUCUUGUGAAUUAAAGGGUUCAGGCUGAUUCAAUUUCAUUUCGGGGUUGUAAUUGGAUCAGUUUGGGGUCUCAUAGUCCUGGAAGAAUUCCCAAUAAAAAGAACUUUUCCUGUUUUUCUCUUAAAGAGGCUAACAUAUUUUUUUAUUUUAGACUAACAUGUAGAACCUGGACUUUAGCUGAUCCAGGCUUCUGAAUGUUGGUUCGUUUUCGUGUUUCUGGACGUUGGCAGCUCAGCAGAACUCGGAAAACAACGUUCCGACAUGAACGGACUGUCUGUCCCGCUGCUCAGGGUCCGGUCCAGUAAAGCCAAAGAUGAAGGAAGUGUUAAAGACCCAGUGUUCUGGUGCCGGUUGGCCAAAUCAGAAACAACCUGAUUCUGUUUGUGGUUCUGUUAAGGUCAGAUGAGCUGGUUCCUUUGUUAUUGAUUAGUGAUCAACUGAUUGGAUCUGAUGGAUGAAAACUGAUUGAUCAGAUGAUUCCUGUCAGUGUGAUGAGGAGCGAAGAAGAACGUCAGUAUUUGAGUCGAAAACCUGCCCAGGUUACCAUGGCGCUGCAGGAGGUUCGGUUCUUUGGACUGUCACGGAUCAGGGACUGAAAAAAGACUUGAUAUGAUCCGAGGCUGCGAACUGAACCGGACUGAAGAAUCUUUGGUGUUUUAAUCAAAAGAAGCUUUUUAUUUUUCUAACUCUGCGCCUAAUUGGUGGGGACCGGUUCUGGUUCUUCUCUUCAGUCAUGAUCCAAUAAAAUCAGAACUUGA